AUGACCCGGACCCGACCCAUCCGGGUCUGGGACCUUGACGAACCUCACCAUUACACCAAUCUCCCUCUUCUCGAAGAGGAUGUGCUUGGCCUGGCUGUACGUCUUUUACAGGAUUACCGUGCACCUCGUGGAUGGGAGCGUGAAUCUUUUGAUGAGUGGUUGGAUUGGGUCUGGUAUCUGUCUCAGUACCUGGAGCCACUGUGGCGGAAGCAUGAAGACUUGAAGGGGGAGAAGAUGUAUGUUCUCAUGGUGGACCAGAUAACACCAGAUAUUGUAGAGUCCCUCGAAGAAGAGGAUGAUGCUGUUGCGCUGAAGAAGAUUGAGACAGCUCUGCUCGUGUUUUGGUCCACUGCCCUUCAGCGCGACUUCGGUAUCCUUCACACCCCUUUCUACCCUUCCCUUCGUAAAGAUGCAGAGGAUCUUCAGUGUGUUGCUCAUCGGUGA